UUCAUAAUUUGUGUUUUGAAUUAACUUCAAUAGUAAUUUGUUUUAUGUAAAAUCGAUUACCAUUAUUAUUUUAAUUCAUUAAUUUAAGAUGAAGUGUAGAAACUGAUAACUUAUUUACUUCAAUUCUAAGUCGCUUGAAAUCAUUGAAAAUUGAACAUUUUUAGUCCAUUGUUUUUAUGAUAUAUUAGCCUUUUAUUUUAUUUUAUACAAAAGAAUAUUUAGAAAAUUUUGUAGAAUUUUUACUAUAUAUUUAUAAUGGGAAAACAUAAGAAUUCUCUUAGUUCUGAUGAAUCUUCUGAAUUCAGUGAUGAUGAUAUAAGUAUUGCAAAGAAGAAAAAACGUUCCAAAAUUUCUCCUUCAUCGAGUCGUAGUCAUAAAAAAAAAUCAAAAAGAAAGUCUAAAAAGCAAAUUUAUGAUUCUGAUGAAUCAUCUUUAUCUGAAGGAGAAAUAGUUGAUGAAAAACCUCAAAAAAAAUUUAAAUCUAAAAAACGUUCUAGUAAAUUAUAUGAAACUGAUGAUUCUAAUGAAAGUAGUAAUGAUUCUGAUAUCAAAGUUAAGCUACAAGAUAUUGGACAGAAAUUUAGUGAUUCUUCGGAUUCUGAAGAAGAGUUUAAUGAUGGGUAUGAUGAUGAACUGAUGGGCGAUGAAGAAGACCGAGAACGUCUUGCCCAAAUGACAGAAAAAGAAAGAGAAACUGAAAUUUUUAAACGUAUUGAAGCUAGAGAAAUUAUGAAAACAAGAUUUGAAAUUGAAAAAAAGCUGAAACGUGCAAAAAAAAAAGAAUACAAAGAACAAAAAUCAACGGAAAAUAGAAGUACUUCUUCUAAUAAAUCUGAAAGUUCAUAUCAACCUAAUUCAAUACCUCUUGAUCUUAAAGAUAGAGUCAAAGAAAGAAAAAAAAAUGUCGAAGAAAAUAAAGGAAAAGGUGAUAAAAAAGCUGCAAUGAGUUUAUUGAAAGCUAGAAGAGAAGAAAAAAAAGAAAGAGAAGAAGAAAAAGAAAAACAGCAAAAAAAAGAAAAAGAUAAGAAGGGAGAUGAUGAAGACGAAGAAACAAGUGAUAAACAAGCUGAUCAAAAUAGAACAAAAUUAAAAGCUUCUGAUAUUUAUUCUGAUGAUAGUGCAUCAUCGAGUGAUUCUGAUUCUAGUGAAUCUGUUAAAAAGAAUCGAAACUUUAGAGAUAGUGAUUCUGAUACAAAUGAAAAAAAUGUUCAGUAUAUUACUAAGCAAGAAGAACUUAAUAAGAUUAGAUUAUCUAGGUUCAAAAUGGAAAAAUUCGUACAUUUACCUACUUUUAAAAAUACUGUGAUUGGUUGUUUUGUUCGUAUUGGAAUUGGAAAUUAUAACGGAGUACCAGUUUAUAGGGUUGCUGAAAUUUGUGAUGUUUGUGAAACUGCUAAAGUUUAUCAGUUGGGAAGCACACGAACUAAUAAAGGUUUAAAAUUGAGGCAUGGUACUAACGAAAAAGUAUUCCGUUUAGAAUUUAUAAGUAAUCAAGAGUUUACAGAAAGUGAAUUCUCUAAAUGGAAAGAAUUAUGUCAGUUAAAUAGAAUAUCUUUACCAACUAUUGAUGAUAUUGAGAAAAAAGUCAAAGAUAUCAAAGCAGCUUUGGCAUAUCAGUUUAAAGAAGAAGACGUGGAAAAAAUUGUUCGAGAAAAAGGAAGAUUCAAAACAAAUAUUCAUAAUUAUGCAAUGAAAAAGACAUCAUUAAUGAAAGAACGUGAUGACGCUCAAGCAUUAGGAAAAGUUGAAGAUGUAUUAAGAAUAGAACAGGAACUAUCUGAAUUAGAAGAACGUGCUAAUCAUUUAGAUAAGAUGAGGACAAGUACUAUAUCAAGCAUUAGUUACAUAAAUGAUAGAAACCGUAAACGUAAUGUAGAAGAAGCAGAGAAAGCAAUUUUGGAAGAACUUAAGGCUAACAAAGGAAAAAAAAUUGAUGAUCCAUUUACUAGAAGAAGUACAAAACCUUGUAUGAAAUUUAGAGCUAAAGCAAAUUCACCAGGAACUGAUGAAGCUAUUUCAGAGGUGGAUGGUUCAAAUAAAAAUGAUAAAUCCAUUGAAAACAAGAAUAAUGAUGGUAGUUCAAAAGGAGUACUUGGUACUACAUUGAAAUGUGAUGACCUCUAUGCUGUUCAUGAUUUUGACAUUGAUUUAAAUAUACAAUUACCUAUUUAGUUUAUUUCAUAAAUAAUUAGUUUUUAUCUUGUCAGAUUCAAAAUCCUUGAAAUAAAAUAAUUUAUGUCCCGUUUCUAUUUAUGGUAUAAUUUAUGAAAAUGUUUAGAAAUGGCUAAGGCGUCAAUUUAGUAUUUAAUUUCUAUGUAUUCAAUAUAAUAAUCACAUUAUUAUAUUAAAAUAUGUUUUUACCAUCAAUUAGACAUCAUCGUGUAUUAUAAAUUUCUUGUGUAUUAUAGUAAUUUAAUUUAAACAUUAAUUUUGUUUUUAUAUUAACAUCUGUUGGUGUAAUUGGUUUUAUAAUUGACGAAUUGACAUAAUAUUUUUUGUAAAUAACUUUCAUUAAGAUAAAACUACCUGGAUUUGCUAUCAUUAUAAAUAUCCUAGUGUAAUAUAUAUCUCAAUAAUAUCACAGAGGCUUUCAUAUUCAUUAUUAUAAUUGAUACAAUUUUUUAAAAUUUAUAACUUUUUUAAAUCGAAGAAAAAAAAAUAAUAAGUUUUGGAGAGACUUGGUCAAAACAAAUGUUUGAGUUUAAUUAUUGAGCAAGUAAUAAUUUUGGUGGAAAUGCCACAUUUUACCUGUAAAAUAAUUUUAAAAGUAAUUUAAUACCUAGUAUGACUUCUUGCUAUUUAAUGAUUUGACAAAAAUUUUUUUUUUAAAUUUAUCAUGUCACAUUAUUUUCAACAAAAUUUCUGAUAAACAUGUAAUAACACAA